AUGCAAGAUUUCCAACUUCCUAACUGCGCCAGCAAAUAUAAGUUUAUUAAGCCUAUUGGACAUGGCGCUUUUGCAGUUGUUGCCUUAGCGCAAGACACAAAGACAGGAAACUUUGUUGCCAUCAAACUUUUCAACCGCAAAAAGGUUAUGGAACAAGAUAUGAUGCAAUAUCUAGAGUCUGAAAUUAGAAUAAUUUCUAGAAUCCAUCAUCCAGCAUUCCCUGAGAUUUAUGAAAUUCUCUAUGAACCGGAAUGGAUCAUGGUUGUUAUGGAGUAUUUGUGCAAUGGAAAUGUUAUUGAAUUAAUCCAAGAAAACGUUUUCUUUACAUACGAUGAAAAAAUCGCAAUUGUAAAGAGAAUUGCUGAAGGUCUUGAAUAUCUUCAUAAGAGAGGCAUUGCACAUAGAGAUAUUAAGUCAGAGAAUAUCGUAUUCGAUGGCAACUUUAAUCCAAAGAUCAUUGACUUUGGCUUAUGCAAGGAGAAUCCAAAUAAUCUUGAAACAUACUGCGGAACAAUGAACUACAUGGCUCCAGAGGUUAUCAAGACCUGCAACUAUAAUGGAAAGAAGGCUGAUAUCUGGUCUUUCGCCAUCACAGCUCAUGUUAUCAUGACAUCCCAAAUGCCAAUUAACUACAUGAGUGAGGCCAAGUUUGUUCAUGAUGUUAAAAAAGGAAAAAUGACCUUAAAGAACUAUUGCAUCGGAGAAAUGCGUACUUUAAUUGAUGACUGCUUAAUGCAAGAUCCAGCUAAGAGACCAUCCGCUUUCCAAGUUGUUUUGAAGUUAUCCCAGAUGUUAAAUAUCAACAAGGAAGAUGCUAUAGCUAGUGAAAAAGUUGUUUUACCAAAACUUUUGUCUGAAAAAAAGUUUAUCGCCAGAUGCAAGACAAAGAAGUUUGGUGCAAUGCUUAACAAGAACUUCAAUAUCCCACAUGUUAUGAAACUCACUCCAAAUGUUAACUUUAGAAGAGUCUCUUCUUUUUGA